CUGUUGGAUCGUAUUUAUUGUUUUUUUAUCAUCAUCAACAUCAGUACGGUAUACAAAAGUAUUAUAGGGAAACUCUUGUCAGUCAAUUUUUAUGUUGUUAAACUGAUAAUUCGGGAUGAUACCGGUUAAAUUCGAUGGUGAUAUGAUGUCAAGUAAAUUUAUUUUUAUAUAUUUUAUUUUAACAACAUUACCGAGGUACACUAUUUGUUGAACCAUUCGCAUAAGCUAUUUGACCAACUAGCGGGCUUCAAAGUAAAUGUUAAAAGAAAAUACUGUAUUAUUACUUAGGUUAAUACUUUAAAUUGGUCUGAAUUGUACAUUAAUAGAUUAAGUCGGUCAGUUGUUUUUUCAAAUAUCCAUUCUGACCUAUACUAUUUAGUAUUUACUAUAUAGAUAAAUUUGGCCGAAUUUAUAAGUUGAAAGAGAAUAAAAAAAUCCUAUUUUUUUGGGUGUCGCUCUUAUCUAUGAUGUUUUUUUAUGGUUCUUAUCUAUGAUGUUGGUAUUUAUCAUAAUAAUAAUAAUAAUAAAUUUAUAUGGUAAAAGUGUCCAGUGUGUUACGUUGGGCAGAGUCUGAAACGAUGUAGCACCUUUUUUGGGAUUGUUCAGUCGCUGUAGAUCUCUGGGAUUAUUCAGGCUUGGAACACUUGGGCCAUCGUUUACUGAGACAGACCUUUCCGUUUUUUCUCAAGAAGUGUUUGCUUCGGAUGACUCACCCAGCUCAAAUCAUGGCUCUGGUGGUAGGGAUGACAACAAAAUCCGAACCCACGGGUACCCUAACCGACCCAACCCGGUCAAUGCGGGUAAAACCAGUGUUGACGGGUUUUGGGUCGGGUUCGGGUUUACACCCGUUCACUAUUCCCCGGGUUGGGUUUGGGUUUAGGUAUACCCGCCCCAUGGUACCCGCCCACACUCAUAUAAUUAAUUUUCCGGUAUAUUUAGUAUUCUAAGUUACUAAUCUUCUUUAUGUUUGUGGAGACAUAUCUAUUUUUUUUUUUUAAUUUCUAAUUGUGUAGAAUGAAGUUGAUAUCAUUGAGUGGAGAGUGAAGAAGCUUAACUGACAAUGAGGAAGAAGCUUUCAAUUAAUCAUGUUGUUUAUGGAUAAUUUGUGAUUUGCUUCAAUUUCUUGAGUUUUCUAGAUUGGUGUUGAACAAUUUGUAUGGUUAAUUUGUGAUUUACUUGAAUUUUCUAGAAUGGUGUUUUAUAUAUGGAUAAUAUGUGUUGAGAGAUUGAUAUUUGACUUUUAUAUUGAUAGGAACUUGUUAUUGUGAAUUUUUUAUGACAAAAAUUCAUGGGUACCCAUGAACCCGCGGAUACCCAACGGGUUGGGUUGGUUUGAGUUUUCCAAACCCAGUAGAUUUUACGUCGGGUUUUUUCACGGAUAAACCCAUGGGUUUGGGUUUGGCAAAACUCGAACCAAGCGACCCAUUGCCAUUCCUAUCUGGUGGCCCUCUUGUGGCGUAUUUGAAAAUUUCGUAACUGGGCUGCCUUUGAGGGCAAGCAAUUUACAAUUCCUCAUUUACUGCGUCAAUACCAUUAGCAGCUUCAUGAAUGGAAUUCCUUGCCAGAGGAUCCACUCGUUCCGGUAUGGGUAUCGCCAAGCCACAAUCGGAGGGAGGGGACCUUGCCUCCUAUCGUCUGUAUGUGGGAUGGAGCGGUGAGUGUUGGCUCACAUUCAGCGGGCCGGAGGGCUGGUGGUCAAGGACGGUGGUGGUAAUGUGCUUUUUGGCUAAAGGUGUGUCUUUUCCAAGCAUUGUGGAUCCUCUUGUGGCUGAGACUCUGGUAUUCCGUGAGGCAAUCCAAUGGUGCCAGGCUCUUGGUUUUCCCCCAGUUAUGUUUGAGAGUGAUGCAAAGGUGCUCAUUGAUAAGGUUAAUGCCAACGAUGCGCAGGAUGGUCGUGUUGCGGCUAUUAUGGAGGAAAUUGUGAAUUUGCUAGCUAUGAAUGGUGGUUUCCAGGUUAGGUUCGUAGGUCGGAAUAGCAAUAAGAUAGCCCAUUCUGUAGUUAGAAAGACUCCGUCUUUGUCUCCGGCCUCGUGUCGAUUGUACGAAUUUUGUGUCUGGGUUGGUUCCCAGAUGUAACUUGUGAGCUUUACUUAAUCAAUAUGAUGAUUUUUUUUUUUUUUGUAAAAAAAAGUGCGGUAGGUGACGGCUAUACAAUAACCUUCCCCUAACUGGAUCGGAUUCCAGCAUUAUCUAGCAUAUAUUAACCCCCACAAUGGCAAGAAGUGCCUAGUUCUAUACAUUUCAUAUAUUUUCAUGAAAAAGAAAAACAAAUAGAUAAUUACGAAGGCAAAUCACAUCUUUAGUUUACUAAUAUUUAGAGAUGACAAAAAAGACUUCUUAUUUGGGCAUAGCUCAAAACUCAUUUUAGUAUGGGUCAGAUGUAUGCACUAACAUGCUCACUGUAUAAAAAUACAUAAAAAUUGCUCAUCAUACAUAUAAAAUGAAAUCAUUCAAACAAAUUUUUAUAUUGGGGUUUUCAAUAAUACAAUUGGAAUUGAGUGUCUGUGAGUUGCGACUAUCCAUAAUGUUCUGAGUGGUGUCAUUGUUUUCUUAUACGAGUGGAGUGGUGUACAAUUUGGUGGAUAUGAUUUAUACGUAUAAAUUGAACGUUGGAUAUUUUUUUAAGGGUUUAGUAUUAAUAUAUUUGUCAGGUGAUUAAUGUGGUGGGCACGUACGUGUAACUUCUUUUAUGGAAACAUCUCACUAUUUAAUUUCGUUGUUGUUGAACUCGGUGACAAAAGUUACUCAUUCAGCCUGCCUAGGGCAAAACCUGCCUUGAUUCCUAUGGGUUUACCAAGUAGAUACUAAUAAACUACAACAGUGAGAAAUGAAGAGGAUGUGAAUCGUGUAUAGGGGUGGGCAACGGGAAAUGAGUAUUUGGGUAUACUCAUACUCGUCCCGCUUUUUUAGAGUUCCGUAAUAUUUAUUAUGAGAUGAGACUUGGGAUUAAAAAUUUUCACAUUGGGUACCCGCGGGAUACCCGCUAAUACCCAUAUGGAUAGUAUGGGUACCCGUAAACCCAUCCAUCGCAUCAAUGAUUUGAUCAUCAAAUGAAGUGCAUAGACGCUU